CUUUUUUUUGUUAUUGGUUGAAGUGUCGCGAUUUCGCGCUGCGCGCACUUGCUACUUCACACAGAUCAGGUUUUCCUACGAUAGCCACAACGACGAAGUCAAGUGUAUAGUCCGUAGUCCUCCUUGUUGGCAGCUGCAUUGCAUUUCUUCGUCUCCCUUUUAACAUAUUAUUCUAAGGUGCGAAAGAGAACAAGUGGCUGAGCAGGUUGCUACUGCAUGCAGGCUGUUGAAGCGUAAAGAAUACAACAACAACAGCUACAACAACAUAGCUCAUGCCCGGAAAUGCCAAUAGAAAGGCAAGCAUAAAACGUAAAGCGAUAACAGGCGAGCACAAGCAUAGCAUAGCGUAAAUAAAUAAAUAACAAGAAGCAAUUAAAACGCAAUGCGCUCAAGCUAAAUAAAGUGUAAACUAUAAACAAAGAACAACAGACGCUUGCAGCAAAGCAGCAAACGCAAGUAAAAGAGAAGAGAGUGGAGAAGUGUGGAGUGUGAAAGCUGAAAUCAAUGCAGAGCAUUGCAUUAGAUCACACAUACACGCACACGCACACACACAAGCACACACUAAACUUUGGCACAUAUUUUUGAAUGGAAUAAUUAUGCUGUGAUGGGCUCGUGCUCUUGUACACGGCGACACUUUCUGCUGUCAACAUGCUUCCUGCAAAUGAUAACGAUUAUCGAACGCCAGGUAUUCGAUUUUCUCGGAUACAUGUGGGCACCCAUAUUGGUCAAUUUUUUUCAAAUUCUGUUUAUAAUAUUCGGAUUCUAUGGCGCAUAUCAUUUUAGAAUCAAAUACAUCAUAACCUAUCUGGUAUGGAACUUCAUAUGGAUUGGCUGGAAUGCGUUUUUAAUAUGCUUCUAUCUAAAUGUUGGCGGCCUGGAUAGAGACAGCGAUUUGCUCAACAUGGGCACAGGCAGUUUCUCGUGGUUCGAGGCGAAUGGCUAUGGCUGCAAGCCCACCUAUAAUAUAACAACAGAUGAUCCGUUCCGUCCCUUGCGCCCGGAGCGCGUGGAAGACUGCCUGCUGGACUAUCCACUAGUGGAAGUGGCACACUCGGGCGUGCAGUGCGCACUGGCGUUGCUGGGCAUACUUGGUGCGAUUCUAAUCAGCUGUAUAUUUCUCGAUGAGGACGAUAGAUUCGAUUUCAUGAACGGCGAUGCGAAGAGUCCGCAGCACACCGUUGUCCAUCCAAUGUACGUGAGCUAUACAAGUAUUCCAACAACAUCUGCAAGCGCCACAAUGCAAUCAAAUAAGCAGCUGCAGCAGCUACAGCUACAACAGCAACAGCAAAACUCACUGCAAUAUCAUCAUCAACAUCAACUGCAACUGCAACAACAGCAACUACACCGACACCGACACAACAGUAGCAACAGCAGCAGCAGCAAGACCAACAACAACAACAGCAAUUGCAACAGCAAAAAUAAUACACUCGAUAAUAAUAAUUUACAAACGUCACAACUGCAGCCAGACACAGCAAAUAACUAUAACGCAUACCCACAAACUCAAACUCAACCACCACAACAAGCAUCAUUUACACCCUCACAUUUAACCCACACAAGUGGCAACAACAGUCUCAAUCGGCACAAGUCCUCGCAGAGUCGCAGCAGCAGCGAACGACGCAAGCGUCACUAUCAGUCCAAGCCCAGUCCCAUGUCCAUGUCCGUGUCCACGUCCAUGUCGCCGCAAAGCGCACAGACCACGCCCUCGCUCUCUUAUGCCUCGCUGCAGAACUCCAAUCCGCAGCUGGCAGCCAGCGCUAGCAAUAGCAACAGCAACUACAGCAUUUUCCAAGCAGCCACUGCGGGCGACUCCAGCAGCACUAGCGGCCACUUUGCGCGCAUACACCACAAGCCCAAGCCGCCCAAGUCGCUGCCGGAUGUCAAGUAUACGCAGCUGGCGCUUGAGCGCCUCUCGCGCAACUUGGAAGAGGACGAGGACGCCUUUUCGCUGCAGCAUCUGUCGCCCAGCGACAAUGGCGUCACCUAUGUGCCCUUCCAAAGUCCCACGCCCAAUAGUUUGUUUGUGGGCGGCGAGAGCAACAACAAUGCCACACAGCCGCACAUUGUCUUCAACGCUUAUCAAGCGCCCAAGCACGCCAGUCCCAACAACAAUGUCAGCAAUCACUAUCUAAGCUACUCACCCAAGCCGCUGCGCAGGCCAGUGCCACGCCCCACGCAAAUACCACUGCCCACAGUGCCCAUACACAGCUGCCAGGCGGAUACGCUGCUGUUGUCGCCACCGCCGCCGCCGGCAGCGCGUCCGCAUAUAUUCCAACCACGUCUGGGCCAAGCGCCCUAUCCUGAUCUCUCGCCUGAAAUUGCCGAAAAGUACGCCAUGCCCACGCAGCAUGUGCACGGCUCGCCCAUGGUGCGACGCAGCCAGCGCCGCCAGCCACGCCCACAGCCCAACUUUUGCGAUCAAAUUCGCGAUGCUCCUCCGGGCUACAUAGUGCGCACACACAGCGACGAUUGCCUGGAGGAGCAGCAGCUCCAAAACUCGGCGCCGCAUGUGAAUCGCCGCAGCAAUCGCAAAGCGCGUCCACGUUCCUUCUGCAAUUCCAUUGUUGGUGCUCAGGCCUAAACCUCUGACCAAAACUUCUCAAGACUUUAUUUUCGACAUGACAUGAACACACGAGAUCCUUAAGCUUAAACUUUGUUGCAAGCGCCGCCCUUACUGUCUCCCAGCCUCAAGUAUGUUAAGCAUAUAUCCUUUUUUAUAUACAACUACUACUACAUAAGCACAAGUGUUUGCCAUUUAUAUGUCUGUGUCUCUGUCUGUUUGUGUCUCUCUAUAAAUCUCUGAUGCAGGUGCUGGGGGCGCGACUUGCCGCUUGUGUGUGUCCCAUGUGUUGUCCAUACUAACGCCUCUGUAUAUUAAAAUUUAGUAUGUGUUGUCGUAUUUGUUGUGUCUAACCGAGAUUAAAUGCUACAAAUUAUAAUACAUUAAUACAUAAGCUGCAAAACUACAGUAGCGUCUAAAGCAAAGUGACAGGCCAGCAGUUUGUUCCAUUCCAAGUGUUUCUACUUUAGCAAAAGGCUAUGAAAUUUCCAAACUUAAAGUUAUCAAAACAAAACGCACAAACUAUUAAAUAUACAAACUAAAACAAAGUGGAAUUGGAACAGCUAGCAGCAAGAAAAGUUUAAAUAUAUAAACCUAGUGUUAAGUCGAAGCUUUAAUUCGGAUGCCUUGAAAGCCAUUUAACUGAAUUUUUUGUGACAUACAUACAUUCAUAUUUACACACACAUACACAUGCAUACACAUACACAAAAGACUUUCCAUUGAUG